AUGCUCGCCAAACUCUCCGUCCAGCUCCUCGCAGCUGCAACCAUCGUCUCCGCCUUUCCUAACCCCCUCAGCCUCCUCAGUCGCGCCGUCAUCAACCACGAUGCCGUCGUCGCCUUCCCUCAGACCGUCCCCUCUGGCCUGACCGGCAGCUUAUAUCUUAAGUAUAAGCCCUACCUAAAGGUCUUCAACGGUUGUGUGCCGUUCGCCGCUGUCAAUGCCGCGGGCGAUACUGGCGGCGGACUCGCUACCUCGGGCUCUGCCAGCAGCGGCUGCAGCAGUUCUACAGGACAAGUCUAUGUCCGUGGCGGUACUUACAACGGCGCCUACGGCAUCAUGUACAGCUGGUACAUGCCCAAAGACUCGCCUUCUUCCGGUCUGGGACAUCGCCACGACUGGGAGAAUGUAGUCGUUUGGCUUUCUGCGCAGUCUGACUCUGCAACUCUUCGAGGUGUUGCCGUCUCUGCACACGGCGACUAUGACAAAAGCACAAGCCCGCCGUUGAGCGGGACCAGGCCGAAGAUUGGGUAUACCAGCGUCUGGCCAGUGAAUCAUCAGUUGAUUACGACCAAUGAGCAGGGCGGCGAACAGCCCUGA